AUGGACUCCAGAUCAGUAUCCAAGCACAUCGAAGAGCUUGAGUACCAAUGCAAACCCCACCGUCUCUUCACCCUCAUAUUCCCACUCAACCCACCUCAAACCCAAGUCCUCCUAGGCCUCAAAAAGCGCGGAUUCGGUCAAAACAAAUACAACGGGUUCGGAGGCAAAGUAGAGCCCCAAGAAUCUAUCUCUCAGGGCGCCAUACGCGAACUCACAGAGGAGUCGUGUUUGCGGGCACGGUCGGUGAAUAAACGCGGGGUGUUGUUUUUCUAUUUCGAAAAUGAUCCCGUGACUAUGGAGGUGCAUGUUUUUGACACGGUGGAGUAUGAGGGUGAGUGGGAGGAGACUGAGGAGAUGGCUCCGAAGUGGUUUGGGGUAGGAGAUAUGCCGUUUGACAGAAUGUGGAAGGAUGAUGAGAGGUGGUGGCCGAUGUUUAUUCGGGGCAAGAAAUUCAUUGGGAGGUUUUGGUUCCUCGAAGACCAGGUUACAAUUGUUAGGGAGGAACUUGCCGAAGUGGACAGCCUAGAGUUUUGA